AUGCAUUUGUUAGUGUUAUUACCUAUUUUGGCUUACAUUUUAGAAGUGAAAAGUGAAUCUAUAUGUGAGAUAAGUGGAUGUGAAUGCAAAACUAUUAAUAAUUCUAUUGUUUCAAAGUGUUCAUUCUUACAAGAUGUACCGAUUAACUUCGAAAUGCCAGUUUCAAUUAAAACAUUAGAUUUGUCACAGAAUAACCUCACAAAUAUCGGACCUAUAAAUUCAACAACGUUAGAACAGUUGUUACUAAACAAGAAUGCUUUAAAAGAAUUAAAUUCUGGCAUCUUUAACCUACCAGAAUUAAAAUCAUUGGAUUUAAGUGAUAACUUACUAGAAAAAUUACAACCAGAUUUAUUUAAAACAACAACGAAAUUGGAAAACUUGGGUCUGGCGAAUAAUAAAUUUAGUAUAACUUCGCAAUUAAACUUCAGCUAUUUAGUUAAUCUGCGAAGGAUAAACUUAGAUAACAACCUUGUCGGUCCCGAUAUAGAACUAAGGUCUCUUUUCAAUGUCACUGGGCUCGGGUUACCUUCCACAAUACAAGCUAUAUCAAUAAAUGGAAUCAACUUAACAGAUAUCCCGUACGAUUUCUUCGAACCAAUCAAGAACUCUUUAAAGGAACUCUCAGUCUCAAAUAAUAGUUUAACCAAGUUUUUUAAACUACCCACAUCCCUGGAAUAUUUGGACAUCUCGAACAAUCCCAUAAAAAUAUUGAAUACAUCGGAUUUCCCAAUCUAUGAGCCUCUGGUAUAUCUUAGAGUUUUGAAAAUGAAUAAUCUAGAAAUAGAGGAAGUGCAAGAAAAUAUAUUCUCAUAUUUAACCCUCUAUGAAUUAGAACUGGCGAAUAAUAAAAAUUUAAAGGAAUUCAGUAAUUUAACUUUUGGACGGGAAAUACUUUUGGAUUCUUCCGACUUUUUGGUCAAAAAUAUUACAUUUAGAGGAUCUAACUUAUCUUCCCUUGAUGAGAGUUUGUCAGUUUUGUUUAAAAGAGUCGAAAGAUUGGACUUGCAGAACAAUCCCUGGAACUGUGACUGUAGCCUCGCGUGGGUGCGGGAUUUACCGAUACCUGCCAAUUUGACUGAGAAUUUACGAUGUGCCUAUCCCCGAAAUCUCUACAACGUGAACCUAUUUGACUUAUCGACAACAGAUUUUAAGUGUCCGAAGUCCCAAGCUGGAUUGCUGAGCUUCAACUCCGGGCUCACUGUUGGCGCUGUUUUGUAUAUUUUAUUAAUAAUCUUCACAUUACUGUGGAUUUACAAGUUUCUUCACAAACCUUCUAUGAGCCAACAGCAAUAUUCUCAACUAAUU